GCUCCAGGUCACAGGCGAUGCAAGUGAGAGUGCGGAGGACAUCUUCUUCCGGCGCGCCAAAGAGGGUAUGGGCCAGGACGAAGCACAGUUCAGCGUGGAGAUGCCCCUGACGGGCAAAGCCUACCUGUGGGCUGACAAGUACCGGCCUCGCAAGCCACGCUUCUUCAACCGCGUGCACACGGGCUUCGAGUGGAACAAGUACAACCAGACGCAUUACGACUUCGACAACCCCCCGCCCAAGAUCGUGCAGGGCUACAAGUUCAACAUCUUCUACCCCGACCUCAUCGACAAGCGCUCCACCCCCCAGUACUUCCUGGAGGCCUGCCCCGACAACAAGGACUUCGCCACCCUGCGCUUCCACGCCGGGCCGCCCUACGAGGACAUCGCCUUCAAGAUCAUCAACUGCGAGUGGGAAUACUCCCAUCGCCACGGCUUUCGCUGCCAGUUCGCGAAUGGCAUCUUCCAGCUCUGGUUCCACUUCAAGCGCUACCGUUACUGGCGGUGAUGGCCCUGCGUUUCCCCCGACCACCUGACAGGAGUGUUAGGCUGGCAGCCUUCCCUGGCUGGUUCACAGCUCACCUCCAGCUGGGCCUUCCCUUCUCAGCCUCACUUUCC